CCGCAGAAGCAGAAAUCUCAUCCAUUGACAGUUGGCUCCCAUCCCUUAACACCAUCGCGCGAUGGCCCCAGCCGUGGAUAGGAACUGUUAAAUGUUGUUAAAUUAUUUUUGAACUACCUCACAAAGCGUCCCUCGCAGGUAGGGUCAAAACACUACAAACGUUCGCCACUGCGCUCGGACGACUCGUCAGCUCCCACGAAACGGUGACCCCCGGACACCAGGAGGAAGUUAAACUACCAGGCUGAAUGGCUGAGCCGGAGCUUCUGUUGGACUCUAACAUUCGACUUUGGGUGGUGUUACCUAUCGUCUUCAUCACCUUUCUUGUCGGGGUGAUAAGGCAUUAUGUGUCCAUCCUUCUUCAAAGUGACAAGAAGUUGACGUUAGAACAGGUCUCUGACAGCCAGGUUCUUAUUCGAAGCCGGAUCCUCAGAGAAAAUGGAAAGUACAUCCCCAAACAGUCUUUUUUGAUGAGGAAGUUCUACUUCAAUAAUCAAGAAGAUGGAUUUUUCAAGAAGACCAAGAGAAAGGUUGUUCCGCCUUCUCCAAUGACUGAUCCCAGCAUGCUGACGGACAUGAUGAAAGGAAAUGUCACCAAUGUUCUUCCCAUGAUCCUUAUCGGAGGCUGGAUCAACUGGACCUUUUCAGGAUUUGUAACAACUAAGGUUCCCUUCCCUCUCACUCUGCGCUUCAAACCCAUGCUACAGCAAGGAAUAGAGCUGCUUUCACUGGAUGCUUCCUGGGUGAGCUCGGCGUCAUGGUAUUUCCUCAAUGUGUUUGGACUACGAAGCAUGUACUCCUUAAUUCUAGGCCAAGAUAAUGGUGCCGAUCAGUCGAGGAUCAUGCAGGAGCAGAUGAGUGGGGCAGCCAUGGCCAUGCCUGCAGAUACAAAUAAAGCUUUCAAGGCUGAGUGGGAGGCGCUGGAACUGACAGACCAUCAGUGGGCGCUGGAGAGUGUAGAGGACGAUCUGAUGAGCAGAGAGCUGGACUUUGAUGGCAUGUUCAGCAAAGAGCUGCCAAGUGGCAUCUUCUAAUGGCCUGUUCAAUUCUACUUGGAGCCUUUUGAUUUUAAUUUCUGAUCAAUGCAGGGAUUUAUUUUUGGUUAGAGCCCCAGAGGUGGGACAAAUCCCUUCAUGUUAUGCAAAGUUUACAUUCACUCAUUUGUUGUCCUCUUUUCACAUGUAUUAUUGUUAUUAUUAUUACCUAUCAAAUCCUGUCUGAAAGGACUCAAUAAAACACUGGUUAUGUUGCUGCUCCACCUGAUUUGAGACAUAGAGACUGAGAUAUUAAGUUGUUUUUUGGAAUGCAUUAUUAGCUUGUAACUGUAUGCCAUCAUACCAAUAGGUAAUAGAAUGUGAACUACCUACUGCUUCUUUUUUAAUUGUGUCAUGUACAGCUAGAAUAGCUGUUUCAAUUUCCAAUGUUCAAUGUGUCAUGUUUAACAGACAAUUAUUUUAUAAUACUUUUAACAAUCUUUAAUGACUCCUUUGUUAGAGCACCAUGGAUCAGCUGUUCUGUGUCAGCUGCCUAAAGCUGGAAAAAAAAGUGCUAAGCUGUUGGCAGAGAAUGUUUGCGUGUAUGUAGAUUGUUUAUUUUGUAACGUAACCCCUCUGUGUUUUGUACAGCAUAAAGCCUGUUUUGACAAAUAA